AUGGCUGUUGUCGAUCAAGAAGAUACUCUGUAUCAUAGAUCAACAUUCCACCUGAUAUUUGUUCAGGAUAACACUAAUAAUAACCACCACCACCACCACCACAACAACAACAACAACAAAAACAACAAUAAUAAUGCCAAAGGUAACGUGGAUAGUGCCCGAUCCAUUUUUGAAGAACCAGAUAUUACACUAGUUACCCAGUGUAGCAAGCAGUCUUCUAUACCUAUACCAUAUAUCCCACAAUUAUCUAGAGGUAGAUUGAAUUUGAAGAAAUCAUUCACUGCGGGAAGCACCAAGCUAAAGACUAGGUCACAUCCAUUGGUUAAUGAUGAGAUUGAUCUAUGUGGUGAAGAAGAAAAAGAAGAAGAAGAAGAAGAUGUGGAUGAUGACGAUGAUGAUGAGUUUUUGGAUGAGUAUGAAUCGGAUGAUCUUUCCUUCAGCUCUACUCUGUCCUUCCAAUCAAGUGUCACCAAUGUAUCAAGGAAACCACCACCAUUAUACCAGUACCAUUCAUUUAAUAAUGCACUUUACUCAUAUGUAUCCCCUAAAUCAACAUUAAUGAUUAGCAUACCAACAAACAGAUCAAUAUCUAUAGCAUCAUCUUCCGUCUCCUCGGUAAAUACUUGUUUUUCACCUAAACAACCAACACAACAAGAACUACCACCACUACAACAGCAACAACAGCAACAACAGCAGCACCAGCAGCAGCACCACCCCCACCACCAGGCAAAGGUGAUGUCUAGAAGUUUAAGUGGGUCAUCUACUUUAUCAGUGACUUUGCCUCAACAAUCACCACAAACCACUUCUUGCUCACCGGUGACCAUAACGUCAAAGGGAAUACUUGGUUCUGAUUCUAGUUCUAAUGCACUGAGGUUUGGUUAUCCAAAAAAGACUCUUCGUCACGCAUCGUCUACCGAGUGUCUCUACAAACUACUACACAACUCGUCAUCUCCUUCAGUCAAGAAAUUACUUUAUUCCAAUCUCACAACGUCCUUGAAAUUGUUGAAAAAUAAAAUCCCUUUUUAUACCAGUCGACAAAGUAUACUCAAUAACAUCAUAAGUGAACCUCCACGAUUAACCGACGAUAAGUUCCCAACUUCACAAUCUGAAGAGCUCAUAACUUUCUUUCAAGAUGACCAAGUCACUAAUGAUCAUGAAAUGUCAGCGGCAUCUGCACAACUUUCCUUCACACCACAUAUUAAAUCGACGUUUAAAAACCGAGAUUCACGAAUAAAUUCUCAAUUCCUAAGACUAUAUGCUUAUGAUUACAAUGCUCGUAUCAACUCCCAAACAUUACCCAAUUCAUUAGCUCAGGACGAUUCAUCACCCAUUCUUACAAAGAAAUCUAAUCUCACUUUCCAUAUCAAACAUAAUAUGUUUAGAAUAUCCAAUAUGUCGAGAGAAAAAUUAUGGAAUAGUGUUAUUCUACCGCCAAGAAAGGAUCAAAGUCCGAUGGACUGUAUAGACAGUGAAUCAUACUGUCCAGAUGUGGAAAUGGAAGAGGAGGAUGAGAAGGAGCAAAAAAAGAAUAAUACAACACUGAGUGCUUAUGGGGCUACUUCGAUAACGAGAAAACUGGGUAAAUACUUGCCUUGGGAUUUGAAACCAAGCAUCAAACCAGCAGGGGUCUUGCAUGGAGGGAAAUGGGUAUUCAAUGGAAUGGCACCAAAUUCUGGUAUUACAAAGACUCAGUUUACCGUUAAGGGGUGGUGCAAUUCCAAAUGGAGAAAUAUUUACAAGGAAUUUGAUAACGAUAAUAAUAAUGAUGAUGAUGACGACGAUGACGAUGAGGAGGAGGAGGAGGAGGAGGAGGAGGAGGAGGGCUGGAUAUAG